AUGGAUCCUCCAUGCCUGCCAUGCGCUGAUUCCGGGCACAUGAACACCCACAUGCAGCAGAUAGUGCAGUGGCUCGAGGAUGAAGAUCAUGAAGAGCAGGCGUUGAGCACCAUUGAGAAGGCUUGGAGCCUGCUGAAAGCUUCCUGGCGCUCGAAACGGGUGGGGAAUGAGGAGCUGAAGAAGGAGAGCGCUGAUUCUGCGCGAAGGAGCUAUGACGCAGGCUUGUUGCAACUCGCUCGUGCCAAUCUUUUCGUUGAUCUCGAUGGCCUCGAGACCGACCAUUACAGCUUUGACAAGUACAAGAGUGCUUCGUUGAUGGUGGAGGCCGCACUUCAUCGGAAUGUCUCCCUGGUGGCGUUUCAGCAGGGAGAUUUUGCCUCGGCCCUUGAGCACGCAGAGGCCAGCAUCAGAGCAGAACCACAGAAUCUGAAAUCCAAGUUUCGCCGUGCGACGGCCUUGCAUGCACUGGGUCGCUUGGACGAGGCAGCCAAGGACUUGCAUGAGCUCUUGGCCAAGAAGCAAAGCCAGGAGGCCAAGAAGCUCUUGGACCAAUGUGCUAAGUCACGAACGGAGGACUUCCUCAGUGAAUUUCAAGAGGCAUCACAGACUUCCAAAGUGGAGUUGACCGAAUGCCCAGAGGAAGUGGUAACUGCAAAGACUUCCAGAGUCUGCAGAGAGGAACCUUCAGCUUGUGAGUGCGGUGUGUGUCGCCUACUUGGAGCUGACUUUGAAGGAGCUCAGCUUUGUGGAAAGCGGGACUCGAUGAAGCGCACAGCACUGCAUUGGGCAGCAGUUGGAGAUGCCAUGGAAGCUGAAACGAGGUGUGUUGGCUGUUGCGAGCGCUGGUUCAUGGAGGCCUUGCUGGAUGCCGGUGCUGAGGUGGACGCUUUGGACCUGGACGAAAGGACACCCUUGCAUUUGGCUGCUGCCAACGGUCAGCAAGAGGCCAUCAGCCUGCUGAUGGAUGCGAGCUGUCGGAUCGAUCCACUGGAUCGACAUGGCCGUAGCCCACUCUACUAUGCCGCCAUCGCCCACCACCGCGAUGCAGUGGCGCUCUUAGUGGAUCGAGGGCAUGCAGAUCAAAGCAUUUUGUUUCAUGCACUGAAGGUGUUUUCAGACGGCUCGAGAAGUGGUGAAGAAGCAGAAGUUCACAGAAUUUGGCCCGUCGAAGGUCUUUGGAGGGGCGCUCAGAAGACCUUCCUUUGA